CUUACCUACCUGACCACAGUUCUCAAAGAAGUCGCGCCAACACCUGAGUCCACAUUCCAUAUCCACUGUUUAAGCUUCUCUCUCUCUCUAGAAAAUGCAGCAGAGAACCAUGGGCUCGUCUCGAGGACCUGAUUGGGACGACAGCUUCAUCGAUGUCGAGGCACAACCAGAAGCGAAGCAAAGUCAGUCUUCUUGGAGGAGAAGAAUGGAAAACAUAAACCUGCACGGACUUCCCAUUUCAGAUCGCGACCCUCACAACAUCGGCAAGAGGGAGACCGCCAAAUCCCGGUUCGCAGAGAACUGGCUCCAUGUGAUUCCUCUGUUUGUGUUGCUCUGCUUCUUCAUUCUCUGGUGGUUCAGUUACCCUGUGCAUUUGGUGAUCAAAGAUGAGAGUGUCGCGGCAAUACAUCGGAUCGAGAUUUCCCGGGAACUCAAUGAGACUCGCAUGGAUCUUGCACUGCUUGCAUCAGCCAGUUCUCCUGGAGCUGGAGCAUGGAGCUUUCAGAAAUUUAUCAGGACUGAUGUGACAGAAACUCCAAACACCAACCAAAGUGGAUUUGGUGAUCAACAACAGAAGAGCCAUGCCUUGACGCAUCGAGUCGAGAUUUCACGGGGAUUCAAUGACACUCUCGUAGAUCCUGCACUACCGGCAUUGGCUGCUUUGCCUAGAGCAUCGAAUUUUCGGAAUUUUACCAGGACUACCGAGACUGAAGCUCCAAAGGCCAACCGAAGGUACUUACUAUAG